AUGGCCUUCCCUGCCACCUCUUCUCUCCGCUCCCUGAGGUCUGUGGCGACCACUGCUUCCAGGUCCUACGCCACCAUUCAACCAUACUCCCCUCCUUCCCGCGACUACGCCCCUCCUCGCCGGAGCCCUCGCCCCGAUUCCCCACAAUUCUUCACCGGUCGUCCCCAAUUCCACGAAGCCCUCGCCACCCUUUCCUCCACUGUGACGCAGACCACUUCGGUCCUCCGUAAAGCGCACAUUUACCCUCUGCCAGAUGGACUGCCCACCAUCACGCCCCCGAGAGCAUCUUGGGUCUCUCCGGAGGAACUCUCGUCCAUCUUCCAGACCAAGCUCAAGACGAGCACUUUGAGGCAAGUCAUGGACCUCCUGUCCGAGCUUCACAAUCUCCGACACAUCUCUGAUCUCUCUGGCUAUCCCGACCUCGCGGGCAAAAUUGACAAGGAGCUCGCACGAUAUGAGCGAUUAUCGGAAGAAGUAAAGAGCGGUGAAGAGAAGGAGAGCAGAAAGAAGAAGACUGUGGAUGAGUUUGGAAGGGCGUACGGCAUGGGGAGGAAGAAGACGAGUAGCGCGAGGGUGUGGGCGAUACCUACUCCUUCUGCUUUGCCUAUUCUCGAAUCUACCUCCUCCUCUUCUGCCCCUUCCGAGGCUGCUCCUUCCCUCAACAUCCCGAAACCGGAGAUUCUCAUCAACCACCAACCCCUUCACACCUAUUUCCCUCGCCUCGCCGACCGUGAGGCCGUCCUCCGGCCCCUCCGCUUGACAGGCCUGCUGGGGGCUUACAAUGUUUUUGCCUUCUCGAGGGGUGGGGGUGUGAGCGGACAGGCGGGAGCUGUAGCCCUUGGUCUUGCAAGGGCGCUGAGUGUGCUGAAGGAAGAUGCUGUUGACGUGCUCAGGGCCGACGGUGCGCUCAUGAGAGAUCCGAGAAUGGUGGAGAGGAAGAAGACUGGCAGGGCCAAGGCCAGGAAGGGUUACACUUGGGUCAAGCGUUAA